AAAUGUGACUGUCUGACAAUGUUCCACUAGUGCACUAGAGUCUCCUCAUUCGACCACAUAUUUGCUAUAUAUACACGUGGGUUCAUAUUUUUCACAAAAGGCUUCGUUGAUGGAAUCGCAAUGGACCUCAAAGCAUUUUACAUCUUUUGUGUGCUGUUCUCUCUUUUGUCAGGAGAGCACUGUGGCCAAACAGUGUACGGUAAGAUAGGAGAAAACGUAUACAUACAUCUGCGGGAGUCACACGGAAGGUCUUUCUCUGAUUUUCAAUGGAGGCGCCCAGAUAUGCUUAUAGCCAAGAGAACAAGUUCUAUUAACACUUUUGCAGAGGUUUUUAGUAAUGGAACACUGAAACUGCACAAUGUCGGGAGAAACUGCAGUGGAGUUUAUACUGUUAGUGCCUACGAUGCCAAUGGCACGGUCCAACUGAAGGAGAGCUCUCACUUGGUUGUGAUUGAUCCUCCUGUGGUUGAGCUUGUUGUCUGUACACCGGACGUUUCUGUGUUACACUGUGCGGGGGAACAUGGUCCUGAUGCCGUGUACGAGUGGAGAGUCAGUAUCCAGAACCAGGGACGUCUAAAGGUCUCCAAUCAUACAGGGAAAUUUGUGACUCUGGACUAUUCAACUGGAAACAUCUCCUGCUCUCUGGAAAUUGGAAACUACAGCAGUCAGAGUGCGUCUUAUUCCCUGUCCUGUGCAGGGUCUGCUCGGUUGGUUCCAGAAGCACAGUGGUGUGUCAGUCUCGGGGUCACUGUCAUGCUGGUCCUUCUCUGCUUCAUGGCAUGUGGAAUUUCAAUCGGUGUACAAAUAUGCCGCAAGCAACAGAAUUCAAAUGUGAAGUCUGAAGAACGCAGUCCCCCUCUUGAGAUGACCCAGGAUGACGAGAUUGUUUACAGUGAAGUCAGAGUUGGAAAACGACGUAAAUAACGUCUGCACCCCUUUUAUUAAAUAGCUGUAAAAUGUUACUUCAGAAAACGACAAAGUAUUUUAUUUUCAUAACAACUGACAUUAUUUCUAUGCCUUUGAUAUUUUCAAGAGAAAGGGACUUUUUUGUGUCCCUUUGACGUAUAUCCUUGUGUAUUUGCGUGUAAAAAUUACAUACGUGUUACAUGUUUGCUCUUACCUUUUCUGGAAUAAACAUGGGGUAAAUGGC